AGUGAUGCUUCCGGUUCCGGUGCUGCUCGGCCCGUCAUGGCGGCACCCAGGGAAGUGCUGGAGCGGCGGCCCUUCGGGAGGCGCUUCCUCACUGACCCUACACGCCUCUUCCAGCACAACGCCUGGGAUAACGUGGAGUGGUCAGAAGAGCAGGAGGCCCGUGCCAGGAGUAAAGUUCAAGAGAAUAGCUCACAGCUAUUGCCACAAGAUAAACAAGAGGAAUAUGAGGUGAAUGCUAAGAGGUACUGGGAUGACUUUUAUAAAAUCCAUGAAAAUGGCUUCUUCAAGGACAGGCACUGGCUGUUCACUGAAUUUCCUGAGCUGGCACCUGGCAGGAACCCAAGUCAAAAUAGGAAUUCUGUGCAUGAAUUUAGUAACAGAGAAGAAUCCAACAAUGAAGGGCUGGGAAGCUAUGAAAAUGGACAUUGUUCAUUGGAAACCAGGGCAGAGAAUCAGCUAAACCUGAUAAAAACGACAUCCAAGAUCUGCACAGAGGAGUUGGCCACACAGAAGUAUAGUGAGCUGAAUCAAAGUGAUGGAGAUUACCCAGGAUCAUCUGCAUCUUACCGAGUAUUAGAGGUUGGCUGUGGUGCUGGAAAUACAGUCUUCCCAAUUUUACAAACCAACAAUGACCCAGGCCUUUUUGUUUAUUGCUGUGAUUUUUCUGCAACAGCUGUGGAUCUUGUCCAGAACAACGCGCAGUAUGAUUCUUCUCGCUGCUUUGCAUUUGUCCAUGACCUGUGCAAUGACCAAAGUCCUUUCCCAAUGCCAGAUGAGAGUCUUGACGUUGUUAUUCUUAUCUUUGUCCUCUCAGCGAUUCUCCCAGAGAAGAUGCAAUGCAUCGUUAGCAGACUGAGUCGCCUUCUGAAACCCGGAGGAAUGAUUUUGUUACGAGAUUAUGGCCGUUAUGAUCUGGCCCAGCUUCGGUUUAAGAAAGGUCAGUGUCUGUCUGAUAACUUCUAUGUGAGAGGUGAUGGCACCAGGGUCUACUUCUUCACACAAGAUGAAUUAGAUGAUCUCUUCACAACAGCUGGGCUGGAGAAAAUCCAGAAUCUGGUUGAUCGGCGAUUGCAAGUGAACCGUGGGAAACAAAUGACAAUGUAUCGAGUAUGGAUCCAGUGCAAAUACCGCAAGCCUGCUGCCCCUCAACUGUGAGGAAACGGGGUGUGCUUUUUAGGUUGGAGCCUCUUCAUGGCCAUGUGCAGCGUCUCCUCCCGGUGAGAUGUGGUUUUACAGAGUUGAGUGCACACAGGACCUCAGUGCCUUUUACAGUGCUUGCAUCACUUCAAGUGAGUUUUGCUAAGGACGAAUGUUCUAAGAAGAGACCAAACAGUAUUUUAGAUGUCUUACUACUGGUCUGAGUUUUCUAAAUUAUGGUUUUAAUAACUUAAAAAAUGAUCAAGCUGUCUUACAGCAGCUGAGCAGGUUGAGUAGCGAGUCACUCUUACUCUGGAUUUCCACGUGAAACAGAAGGAAGGCUUCGACCUUACCUCUGUGUUUUGUACUCCUGUCUUGGGAACAAAAAACAUACAAAGGGGAAAUCUGCUCUUCUCUACAACUGGUCACUAUGCCUAAAAUGGAUCCCUUAGCCAACUUAUCUCAUGCAGCUCUCUUCUAGUCAUUCAGGUUUGUGCAAAUCCACAAGUUAAAACACAUUGAUUGAGGGCAGGAACUGAGAGCAUGCUAGUUUCUCUGUGCCAGCUUCCCCAUGGAUGCCUCAUGGUGUGCAGAUAAUCUGUGGAGAAAGCAGAUUACGCUGCCUUGCCUUCACUUUCCACAAGGAUGUUCCUCUAGAGAGCUAGCACACUAUAGUCAGGUGCUAUAAAUUCAUAUCAGGCAAGGUUCAGGCUUUCAAAGAUUUGGGGCUGAUGCCAGUUCUGGGGCACCUCCAGAGUGCAGAGUAUUGCAAGCAGUUCACGGGACCAGGGUUUACACAGAAUUACCUGCUUUUUCUGCUUGAACGGUCAGAAACUGUUCUUGCUGGCUGCAGCCCCCAGGUCACGAACUGCAUUGCCCUGUCAUGGUGGCGUGCUAAACCCAAGUAGACAAGACACCUGUCUUUGAUAAGAAAUCUGAAGAAUGUCUACCACUCUUGUUUAAUUUCCUAGAGGAAGGCAACAUUGUGGCUUUCUGAAGGUAUUUCCCCACUUUUGACAGCAAGUAUCUUUUAUCUCAGCUUGUUUUCUUUUGUUAUUUUUAGGGUGUGGUACAACAGGUAUUAGAAUAAAUUUUGUGGUAAUGCUUUUCAGUGCUGGUUUGAUUAAUAUAAAUCAGGCUUCCACAGAAACUCACAUGCUGCUGCGCGCCUGACGUGAAGGAUUUGGGCCGCCAUUAAGUAACUGCAGUUUUUUUCCUCUUCUGUGAUCAUGAGUGUCACUAGUGCCUGCUCUCGUCUCUCAAGAAGGAAAAGCCUUGCCUGGUAUCUCCUACCUUGUUUUAGUUCAUGAAGCAACAAGGUCUAUUGUGGGUACACCACUGGCUGAAGAGCAGUUCAUGUGUCUAACUAUUUUAUUAGUUAGACACUUGUAUUUGUAGCUUACAGUUGCGUAAGAAUAACUGUCAACUAUAGAGAACACAUAGGUUAUGAAAUAACUGCUGUCUUGAAAUGGGAGAAAGGGUAAAAAGAUGAGGAAAUGUCAUUACUAUCUUUGGAGAGUCUGCAGAAGUCUUUGGAGUCAAACCAGGAGCACCCUGAUUUGUAAAGCAUUGUAAGGGGCUGUAGCAGUUCUCUCUGCUGGGUGUGUGGCAGCACAAUCAGUUUGUAACUUCCACGCCACUGUGUUACUCUGUAUUCAUGUGUCUGCUACCCAAAGGCUUCUGGGUUAGGACAUUUCAGCCCUUCCUGUGAAAAGGUUACCCAGCAAAUCCAUUCACACCACAAAGGCAGGCCGCAGUGCUGGGGGGGGGAAUGGAAAUGCACCAUUGCUUUUUUCUACAUAUCUUUUAAAUAAUCUUGGAAAGGAAUCAAAUAACUGGGAAGAGAAUUCUUGUUCAAUUUGUUGUACUGUAUUUCAUAAAGGGCUAAGAGACUUCC